UCCUCGUCACUCUCCCCACCUGAAAAAAAAAACAUUAAAUUCUUCAUUUUUUUUUUCAAUUCCCUCUCCAGAAAUCAUCUUCCUUUCUUCGAAAUUCUUCAUUCAUAAUCAACCCUUUACUUGUCGGGAUGACACCUGCAGGAGUAGAAGUUCCAAGAAGCUUCGUUGAUGAGCAAAUGCAAGAGAAGUUAAGGGCAAUGCCCAAAGAGUUCCAGCCAUCUACACCUAAGGGACCAGACCCCAAGUGGCGAUACAUGUGGAGAGUAGGCCCCAGGCCAUCAAAUACCCGUUUUCAGGAACUUAACUCGGAGCCUGUUAUACCUGAAGGUUUUCCUGAAUGGAAGGAGACCAUGGACUCCUGGGGAUACAAAAUGAUAUCAGCGGUAGAGGCUGUUGCUGAAAUGGCAGCAAUUGGAUUUGGCUUGCCAAAGGAUGCAUUCACAGCCCUCAUGAAGCAGGGACCACAUCUUCUUGCCCCAACAGGAAAUCCAUUUUCUUUUCCAAUCCAGGGACCGCAUCUUCUUGCCCCAACAGGAAGUGACCUUGGACGUUAUGGCAAGGAGGGGACAGUAUUUGCAGGAUAUCAUUAUGACCUUAACUUUCUGACAAUUCACGGCAGAAGUAGAUUUCCUGGUCUAAAUAUUUGGUUGAGGAAUGGACAGAAGGUUGAGGUGAAGGUUCCUGUAGGAUGUCUUCUAAUUCACACAGGGAAGCAGGUAAGAGCCUUAGUUGUUUACUGCCCAAUUUACUGAUCUCUACUGAUAAAUAAAUAAUAAUGAAGACAGUCAUGGCUUGCUGACUUGUUAACAAAUUUUUUCUGGCGUU